AUGCGGUGCUUGGCAGCUCGGGUCAACUACAAGACUCUGAUCAUCAUCUGCGCCCUCUUCACGCUGGUGAUGGUGCUGCUCUGGAACCGGUGCUCCUCCGACAGAGCCGGCCCGGCCCCCCCCCAGAGCGAGGAGGCGUCGCCCCAGGAGCAGCAGAAGGCUCCCCCGGUCGCGGGAGGCUUCAACGGCAACAGAGCCCCGGGGCUGAAGUACGAGGAGAUUGACUGUCUGAUCAAUGACGAGCACACCAUUAAAGGGAGGAGGGAAGGCAACGAGGUCUUCCUGCCCUUCAGCUGGGUAGAGAAAUACUUUGAGGUUUAUGGGAAAAUUGCUCAGUACGAUGGUUAUGACAGGUUUGAAUUCUCUCAUAGCUACUCCAAAGUAUACACACAGCGAGCACCUUACCACCCCGACGGGGUCUUCAUGUCCUUUGAGGGCUACAACGUCGAGGUUCGAGACAGAGUGAAGUGCAUAAGUGGCGUUGAAGGCGUGCCGUUGUCCACGCAGUGGGGCCCUCAAGGCUAUUUCUACCCCAUCCAGAUUGCACAGUACGGGUUGAGUCACUACAGCAAAAACCUGACGGAGAAACCCCCUCACAUCGAGGUGUACGAAACGGCCGAAGAGAAGGACAAAACGGGCCGGUCCGGGGACUGGACGGUGCCGAAAGGCUGCUCUCUGUCCACAGUACCGGACAAAGGCAGGUUCACCGGCGUCAAACAGUUUGUCGCGCCAG